AUGCAGCUGAUAAGCAUUGUAGUGCUCGACCUUCCCCAACUCUACCAGAAGCCUUCCGGCACUGAGUUAGUGAGGGCAUUGGCUCUACUGUGUCUCCAACCGCGCACAUUCGGCAUAACCGCUGAUGUGGCCAAGGGCCCCGCAGUUCAACCCGCAGGAGUGACUCGUUAUCUCACGUCCAUCAUCGCCAGCUCGUUGGCAUGGCUUGAGACGGAUGAGCUGCGAGAGGCUAUCUGGGAUGCCGCCGGUGCAAGGCUCAGUGAGCGGUCCGGUCGGGCUGCCAUGCCGGCAAUGUCGCGCAUGUUCAACGUCCCUACCUCCUCUGGCGAAGAAUACAGCCUUACCCUACACGAACCCUCAAUCACAGCCGAUAACCUGGGCAUGAAGACUUGGGUGUCUUCAUAUCUCCUGUCGCGCCGACUCCACAGCCUUGAAUCGCCAAUGGCACUCGGACAUCUGGCAUCGUCUUCCACAUCUCCUCAGAAGCCUCUGCGGGCACUCGAGCUUGGUGCUGGAACCGGACUGGUUGGUCUGGCCUUCGCCGCUCUCCGGGGUGAAUCUGCCACUAUCCACCUAACCGAUCUGCCGGAGAUCGUACCAAACCUUGCGCACAACGCUGCCUUGAACGUCGAGCUCCUCAAAACGACUGGAGCUACUGUAACGACGGGUACACUUGACUGGUCAGUCGAUCCGUCGCCCCUCCCAACAGAGGAAGAGCGGUUUGACUUGAUUCUCGCGGCCGACCCAUUGUACUCGCCCAACCACCCUAAGUGGCUGGUGAACACUAUUCAGCCCUGGCUCAGCCAUGGGCUCGGGGCACGAGUCGUGACGGAAAUGCCACUACGAGACGCAUAUCUACCGCAGGUCAAGGAAUUCCGGCAGCGCAUGGGUGAGAUGGGUUUAGUAGUUGUAGAGGAGGGCGAAGAGGUUGGUUAUGAUGAUUGGGAAAGUGCCGAUGGAGGCGCGUUGGCCGUCAAGUGCUGGUGGUCGAUUUGGGGAUGGAGUGAGAAGGUAUAA